GGGGAGAUGCUGGAAGAAACUUCUUAAAUGACCGCGUCCGGCUGGCCGUGGAGCCUUUCUGGGUUGGGGAGAGGAAAGGAAAGUGAAAAAAACUGAGAACUUCCUGAUCUCUCUCGCUGUGAGACAUGUCUGAGACUCCUGCUCAGUGUAGCAUUAAGCAGGAACGAAUUUCAUAUACACCUCCAGAGAGCCCGGUGCCGAAUUACGCUGCCUCGACUCCACUGCACGUACCAGUGCCCCGAGCGCUCAGGAUGGAGGAAGACUCGAUCCGCCUGCCAGCGCACCUGCGCUUGCAGCCAAUUUACUGGAGCAGGGAUGACGUAGCCCAGUGGCUCAAGUGGGCUGAAAAUGAGUUUUCUUUAAGGCCAAUUGACAGCAACACGUUUGAGAUGAAUGGCAAAGCUCUCCUCCUGCUGACCAAAGAGGACUUCCGCUAUCGAUCUCCUCAUUCAGGUGAUGUGCUCUAUGAACUCCUUCAGCAUAUUCUGAAGCAGAGGAAACCUCGGAUUCUUUUUUCACCAUUUUUCCACCCCGGGAACUCUGUACACACACAGCCGGAGGUCGUACUGCACCAGAACCACGAGGAAGAUAAUUGUGUCCAGCGGACCCCAAGGCCAUCUGUGGAGAAUGUGCACCACAACCCACCCACCAUUGAACUGUUGCACCGGUCCAGGUCCCCCAUCACGACAAAUCACCGACCUUCUCCUGACCCCGAGCAGCGACCCAUCCGGUCCCCCCUGGACAACAUGAUCCGCCGCCUGUCCCCAGCCGAGCGGGCCCAGGGACCGAGGCUCCAUCAGGAGAACAACCACCAGGAGUCAUAUCCCCUGUCCGUGUCUCCCAUGGAGAAUAAUCACUGCCCACCAUCCUCAGAGUCACACCAGAAGCCAUCCAGCCCCCGGCAGGAGAGCACACGAGUGAUCCAGCUGAUGCCCAGUCCCAUCAUGCACCCCCUGAUCCUGAACCCCCGACACUCCAUGGAUUUCAAACAGUCCAGGCUCUCUGAGGAUGGGCUGCAUAGGGAGGGGAAACCCAUCAACCUGUCUCACCGGGAAGACCUGGCCUACAUGAACCACAUCAUGGUCUCUGUCUCCCCACCUGAGGAGCACGCCAUGCCCAUUGGGAGAAUAGCAGACUGUAGACUGCUUUGGGAUUACGUCUAUCAGUUACUUUCUGACAGCCGGUACGAAAACUUCAUCCGAUGGGAGGACAAAGAAUCCAAAAUAUUCCGGAUAGUGGAUCCCAACGGACUGGCUCGACUGUGGGGAAACCAUAAGAACAGAACAAACAUGACCUAUGAGAAAAUGUCCAGAGCCCUUCGCCACUACUACAAACUAAACAUUAUCAGGAAGGAGCCGGGACAAAGACUUUUGUUCAGGUUUAUGAAAACCCCAGAUGAAAUUAUGAGUGGCCGGACAGACCGUCUGGAGCACCUUGAGUCCCAGGAGCUGGAUGAACAAAUAUACCAAGAAGAUGAAUGCUGAAGGAACCCACCCAGCACCUCGGUGGCUGUGGCCGGCAGCAGCGGAGACCCUGCCCAACAGGACUGCUGGUGGAAUGACAGAGCAGGGGGCUGAGGAGAGCGGAAAAGGAAGAGACCUCGAAACGGGAGUGACGCUUCUCCUGGUACCAGGAGGGACCCCAGAGCAUCUUAGACAAACCACCCAGCAAAGGCGGGGCUGGACUUCUGGCUGAGGGCACGAGCCUUGGACUCACGCUUCACAUUUCCUUCUCAUUUGGAAUCUCUCCAUCUGUAAUUCCUCACCCUUCCACCUAUUGUUAGUUUCAUGGUGUUUUUGUUUUUGUUUUUUUAAGAACACGCAGUUUGACUUUUCAUCAUUCAUGUAGGGGAAGACAUCUGAUGUUGUUUUCCUAUGGAAAUAUAUAUCUAUUAUAUAUAUAUAUAUAUAUAUUUUUUUUUUUUUUUUGCAAAUCUCACGAAGUGUAGCAAGCCCAGCUAGUCAGGAAAGGGAAUACUUGCGAAAGGGUUCAGGUUCCUCUUUCUCCUGCCGUGUGGAUCAGGUUUAUUCCUGUUGCUGUUGGGUCUUGGCUGAAAGAAAAAAAGAAAGAAAGAAAGAAAAAGAUGCUUUUAAAAAAGAUAAAGUGAAAAGGGGAGCUCUCUUUUUCUCUCUCUCAUUUUCUCUCCUUCCCUUCCUCCCCUCUCUCCUUCCUGCCUGGCUGCCCUUGAGCUUCAGAUGCCUUUCCUCAGAGUUCAGCCUCUUGGGAAUCGUUGGCACCCAGUCAGUGACCUGAGUGCUUUGUGACCAGCACCACAAAGUCAAACCCACAUCCCGGCACAGGGCCCACUGUCAGAGGGAGGCCAGAAUCAUCCCAGAUGCUGCUGAACUUCAGAAAGAUAAGUGCUAGUCCAACAGGCCCCCCCGAAAAUGGCUGUGAGGACCACACAGCUUGGUGGUUCUCCAGAGCAUGAGGACAGAAGGCUGUCCAAGAUGUUUGGAAGACCCCAACAUCUCGGGACUAGCUUACAAGUGCCAUCAAGUGGAAAAUACGAGAACACCACACAGGCCUGGCAGUCUAGAAGCUGGGUGAAAAUAUUCUGCUGUGGGGAUUUAUUUUUCUGAAGCAGGGAAUUGAGCCUGAGAGGAAAGAAAGGUCUUCUUUGCACCACCCCAGAGGCCAUCUUGUGGUCAAUUUCAUGCCCUCACUUGAUUUUUUUUUUUCUAUUCCUAGCCUUUUUUUUUUUUUUUUUAAGGUCCUUAGUCCCCAUUGGGCGCAGGACAUUUGAAAGGGGAAGAUUCUGGAGUGCAGCCUCAAUUGCUGAGUGUUUGCCCAGCCUGGUCAGACCGGAAGUUCCUCAGACAUAUUAUUCCUUCCUUCUUUCCUCCUCUCAUAACUGUGUUUGAGAAAGGACCCAGUCAUGGCUCUUUUUCACCUCAAAUUAAGGUUGGUAAUAUCUUACAAAAGGAGGGAAAUGCCAGCCUUAGCGCUUUAGAUGAUAACAGAUAUUUUCAGAGAACUGUUUUAGAUAUAUUUUUUUUCUUUUCAAGCCUUCUAAAUUGACUCUUCCAAUAUAGGUCCAGAAAUCCAGUAUGAGGAAUACAAUCUUUUUUUUUUAUCCAAAAGACCAGCCCUGCCUCAUAAAGCACCCCCUCCUCAUUUGCCUCCGUCUCCUCUACUGAGUUGGGUGAGAAUCUUACGGCUAUGCCAGGGUAUGAACGUGCCCUGUCAGCAGUUCUUCCCAGGUGAAGCGGCCAGAACCCGGGGCUUCUCCUCAUGCCACUUUGGAGUUGAGUCAGGCCUGUAGAGGUUGGAGGGACACAGGCAGGAGGAAUUCUCCCCUGGCCUUACUGACAGUUACACCAGGCUGGGUGGCAAGUAGAUUGACUAUGGGUCAAGGACACUGGAAUUGAGGAGCUAGUAGUCAAGGCUCUUCAGUCUUGCUCUUUUCCUGACUCUUCUAGGAUCACAGGUAGACACGCGGAGGUGCCCAGCCCAGUCCCACUACCACACACUCCCCCACUAACCUGGGAAUGUUGGCUUGCUGUGAGGUCAGGGACCUUCUCUGGGAGGCUAGAGGGCCCAUUAUGAAGGGUUUGGUCCCAGUCUGCUUGAAUGGUGAUGAAAUUCAGCUGGAUCCCAGCAUGCCACAGAUGUCUUGAAUUUCAAGAGUGUCCAGCAGAGCCGCACACAGUGAUAUAUUGUCCAGCCUCUAAGAUGACCGAUGAUGAACAUCGAGAGAUAUUAAUACCUGAGGUGUUGUCAAAUGCGUGGAGUCUUAAGAACGGAGUUAAAGGGCUGGAGGGAGAGGGUGGGUUUUUACUGAGGCCAUUGUAUGAGUCUGAAAUCAGAGACGAGGGCAUGAUGCUGCUUCUUCCUGAGGAUCUCACUGCAGCUACUUACCCAAGUAGAAGAAUCAGUCACUUCUUACUCACAGAAUCUCACAGUUAAAUUAUGGAAGGAAAUCCCCAUUUGCCUCAAGGAUUUCUGUAUUUAAAGCAAUAUCCUAUAAGUAUACAUAAGACUUAGGAUGACACCUUCAGCCACUUGAAGGAGAUAUAGCAGAAGGUGCCAAUUCCAGUGUAGUCUUACUUCCCAUUCAGAUAUCACCAGUAAUGGUUUUCUGUUGAUCCCCUUAACUGCAAAAGGCCUCCUCAUUUAUUCUUUGAGAGAAGACCUGGGCAGUGCCAAAACCGGGCCUACAGUGUUUGCACACUGCACACCCCAGAGAUUUCAGAUUCAGCUUAGCAAACCUUUGUGAAGCACCUGCUAGACACUGAGAGGUUCGAAGAUGAAUCGGGCACUAUUCCUGGCCUCUGGGAGCUUACAUUGGAUCUGUAGAAUCCCUCACUUCAGCAUUAAAUGCUAGGGUUGAUCGAAAUGUCACCCAGGACCAAAUUAAAAGCUCAUCUGUCGUCUGAGUAGUUGGCCUCUGUCUUGCCAUCCUGAGAACUCUUGGCUUACACAGUCAGACCUUAGGGAAGGGAAGUGCAGAGGAAGAGCCCUACAGAGAGAGGGGAGCUUCCUUCAGUUGUGUCCAGAUGGACACCUCAAUUUUAUCUUGAAAUCCCCCAGCAUCUUCUCUUCCCUGCACCUUGACCGAGCCAGGUCGCCACCUCUCCAGCAGAAGACCAUAGUGACAAUUGGCUGCACUGACUACAUUGAAGAUGACAUUAUCGCUAAGAUCUUUUUGACCCAAGGCAACUUGGCCCACCCUAAGGCAGCGUCGGCAAUGUUCUGAAGCCUUUGGGGGUGAAAGGGCCCCCACAGGAAAAGAGGAAUAACAAAUUGGUGGAUUUUUUCCUUGUUAUGGUAUGUUUGGAACUCCCUGAUCCCUUGUCUUUUUACACUGAUAGCUCGUCCAAAUGAGAAAGUAGCUUUAGCUGAAACGUCAAUGGCUAUGACAGCAUUUACCUAAAUGACAAAGUCGUCACCUCGCCCACCUUUCACUGCCUGGGGUCCACCUUUGAAUUCAUUGAAACAGGAACUCCCUUUCUCAGAAGGGAAACGUGAGUAUCAGAGAGGUAACGUGACUUGCCCCAGGGGCAGAUAGCAUGCCAGGGGUAGAAUUAGGAUUGGGAUCCAGCCCUGGCCAGACCCCUGUUUGACCCAUUCCCACCCAGGAAGCUGAAGAUAAAAGGUUUGGUAAAAUACACAAAGAACAAAGGCAGUUUUCUUUGCCCAGGCAUUCGGUGCUAGUCAGAAGCUUUUCACCCACUCAGCCAGUUCCUCUUAUGAGCAGAAACCUGGAAUAAAGGGCGUGAUACAAUGAAGCUAAAUGGGGGUGGAGGGGUGGGGAGGGGGCCCACAAUAAUCCCCGCCUGUCUACAAACCGCAGAAGACUAACCUGAAACUCUUUUGGCCUCAUCUGCCUCAACACUAAUCAAGCGCAAACUCCCCGAAUCUUACGCACAUGCCAAGCGAACGUUCUUGAAGAUUUCUCUUUGUGACUGCGACCACCUGCGAACCAGAAUGAAUCUAAAUUUCUUUCUUUUUUUCUUCUUUUUUUUUUUUGUUUAGCUUCUAAUCUCUUGUUGUUUAUGAGGUGUGGGGUUUAUAAGGGACUGAAUCAAAUGAAUGUAACAAAAAAGAAAAACAAAAAAAAAAAAAUGCCUUUUCUCAGGGCCAGUGAGUUGCAAAUAAUUUUUAAAGAAAAGCCUAUAAUUACAUCAUCUCAAUAAAUUUUUUUAUAAAAAAAUCUAGUCCCAAGUCUCCGUUUAUAAUCAUAUGAAAUGGCGUCAGACAGACAAGGUGCUCCAAUGAGGUAAAUCCUGGCCCCACUCAAUUAACGGUUUAAAGUGCAGUCACGGCUUCACUGGCAGGGAGCCUCCGUUACAGAGCGGUCUGCAGGCAGAGCCUCUAGGGAGCCUCCAUUACAGAGCGGUCUGCAGGCAGAGUCUCCAGACAAGUGGCACCAGAAGGGUCAGCGCAAACAGUUCAAAUCUGAGCAGCUGCCACAGGUAGAGAAAUUUGCCAAAAGGAGCCCCAGUCAGAGGCACCUGGGCCCUGUGCUGUGUGGAGGAUUUUUUUGUUCACUGAGGGCUGAGGGAAGCUGAAGGGUAAACGACCUCAGGUCCUCACACAAUAGAAUUAUUCUUUAAUUCUGAGAUCGUAGGUCUCAGCCUACAGGUGAUGAGGACAUAAAUGCAGGAUAGAUUUCUUGACUAACCACAGGACUGUAAUGACCUAAAAGGCUUGGAGCCAGUCAUCAGAAUGUCUCGGCCACAUGGCUGAGAGUCCAGUGCAAACUAGUAGACAAUUAAAAUUUUGAGAUUAAACCCCCUGCAGGUGAUCAGCCCACCUCUCUGCCAUCACAGUUUGGUGAGUUUGAAUGAAGGGGUGAAGCCAUAACCUGGAAACUGAGCUAGACCCAUUCUGCAAGCUUUCGGAGAGGGUUUUGGUAGAGACGUUGAUAAUUCUCAGCUGCUGUUUUUGUGGACUUGACAGGAACAAGGAGGAGUGGAAAAUGAAGCCAAUUAUAUUGCUUUUCAGCAACUUGGAUGUAGAUUUGGAAAGAAGAAAUUGGAAAUCAGUGGCCUGAGGGAAUGUUAUUACAGUAUUUCUGUAUUUAAGUUGUCCCUGGUACUUUGUCUCCCGAGACCAUAACCCGCCCCCCGCAAAAAAAA